UUUUACAAACAAGGUGGAUGGAUUUUAUGACGUCAGACUGAGCGCGCCCGCCGGCGCUGCUGCUGCUGCUGCUGCUGCUGAUGAUGAUGCUGAGCUGCUCAUUCUGUGCGUUACUGACACCUCAGUUCUGCAAGCUUAACACAUCGCGCAGUAUAUAAAACCCCGGCAACUCUGCGAAGGGAAAUCAGUACGCCUCUCAGCAUGGAUCGUCUACUACAUGGACCCAGCUGGAGACGCGAGGAGCAGCGCUAUCAGCCAGCUCCAUCCUCUCAGCGCCUCGCAAGGACACCUGCGCUCAGCCGAGCCGGCGGCAACGCGGGACCAGCUCCGAAACCAGGCCACAGCUCGCGCCACUUCUCUCCUGAGCUGCCCCUGAUGAUGACGAACGAGAAGGAGCUACUCCGCGGCCUGAACGACCGCUUCGCGGGCUUUAUUGAGACAGUGCACCGCCUGGAAAGCCAAAACAGAGCACUGGAGAAGGAGAUCGAGGAGAUCCGACUGAAAGCAAAGUCGACCACGGCUCUGGCCAAGCAGUAUGAGCCGGAGCUGCAGGACCUGAGGAGGCAGGCGCAUGACAUGGCCAUGCAGAAGCAUCAGAUUGAGCUGGAGCAGAAGCGCGUGGAGGACGAGUUUAACGCGCUGAGGGAGAAAUGCGAGCAGGAGGCGCGCAGCAGAGCUGAAGCCGAGGAGAGCAUCGCUGCGCUCAAGAAAUACAUCGACAACGCGUAUUUAUCCAAAGAAGAGAUGGACAGGAAGGCGACGGCUCUCGAGGACGAGAUCGAGUUUCUCAAGAGAAACCACGAGGCUGAAGUGGCUGAGAUGUUGACCCAAAUGAAGGAGACGCGCGUUCCUGUGGAGGUGAAGGGUUUCGGGAAAGGAGAGCUCACCGCGGCGCUCAGGGAGAUCCGGGCACAGCUGGAAGGUCGCGCUUUCUGUCCAGACAGCCACAAUGACCAACGCUUCAACAAUCAGUUGGCCAAACUCACCAAAGCUGCCGAGACAGGCAGAGAGGCUCUGAUUGCCACCAAAGCUGAAAUCAGCCAAUACAGAAAGCAGCUGCAGAGCAAGAACGUGGAGCUCGAUUCAGUCAGAGGAAUGAGAGAAGCUCUGGAGAGACAGCUGUAUGACCUCGAGCAAAGACAUACCGCCGAAAUCCAUCACUACCAGGACACCAUUAGAGAGCUGGAACAGGAGCUGAAAAACACCAAAUAUGACAUGAGCAGCCAUGUGCAAGAGUAUCACGAUCUGCUGAAUGUGAAAAUGGCACUGGAUGCUGAAAUCUAUUCAUACAGAAAAUUGCUGGAGAGUGAGGAGUCAAGAUACUCCACUCUUUCUGAUGCACAGAUACCAGUGCCGUAUGUUUACAGGCAGUCACCCAUCUAUACUCUGCCUAGUGUCCCAAGGGUGGGCGGAGUGACUCGAAAAGCAGAGCCGCAGUACAAAUUCGUUGAGGAGAUUAUUACAGAAACAACCAGGGAAGACAUUGAGAUUUCAGACACAGGGUCUGAGGAUGCUGAAGAACAAAGGGAGGGUGAGAAAGUGUGUAGUGAGAAAGAGAAUGCAGAUACAGCAGAGCCAGGUAAAGAGGACUUAGUGGAAGAAAAGACCCAAGAAUCAGAAACACAGGAUAAAACAGAACGACCAGAUGAAGAAAAGCCAACAGGAAAUGUAGAGGAAGAACAAUCACUAAAAGAGUCAACAGGUGUUUCUACAGAGCUUAAGGAAGAUGAGAUAAACACCGAACCAGCACAAAACAAUGUAACUACACCAGAACAAACUGAAGAGAAAGAAACAGAUCAAGCAGACAAAGAAAGUGAUCCAGACUCCAAAACACAGGAGCCAGAUUUAGAGACAAAACCAGAACAAACUCAAGCAGAAACAAGCACCAAUGAAGAUGUAGAAAUGGUAGCUCUCGACACCGAAAAAGUGAAACAGGACAUAGCAAAAGAAAUAAAUCAGGCCAGUGUGGAACAACCAGAGCCAAAAGAGCAAACAGCUACCCAGGAAGUUAUUACAGAGCCAGGAAAAAGUACUAUGGAAGAGAUACCUCCAAAAUCCGAGAAUGAAAAGGUAAAAGAAAAGACAGAACAUGUAGCUGAGCCUGAGGAUUCCUCUACUGGAAAAAUGAUGGAGAAAGACAGAGAAAGUGAUCAGUUGAAAUCUGUGGAGGUGGACGCAUCCACUGCUGACCCACAGCCUGUAUCUCAAAAGGCUGAGGCAGGAGAAGAGACACGUCCUAACAGCGAAGCAGAUUCAAAGCAGACUGUAGAAACUUCAGAAGCUGAUGUACUCGAUACUACUAAAGCAGCAAGUGCGCAGGAUAAUGCAGUAGAGGUGCAAAAAGAGCUGGCAGAGAAAGUAAAGACAGAUGCACCGCUAAAAAGUGAGGUAGUUGAGGAAAAACCUGAGGAGAAAAAAAUGGACAGCAAACCCGAGGUUGACACAGAAACUAUGAUACCAGGAAAGGGAGACAGUCUCCAGUCUACAGAGGCACACAUUUCAAAAGAGGAUGUUUCCAAACCUGCUGCCAAAGAAACUAACGUUGAAACAUCCGAGCCAUCUGAAAAGGAGGAGAUUCAGACAAAGGAUGUGAUGGACAGUGCAAAAAAGGAGGAAAGUACUGAAGCAAAGAAAACGGAGAAAGAGGUAGAACAAAUGCAAAUCAAGGAAGAGCCGGAAAAACCAAGGAUUGAGACAAAAUCAGAGGGAGAGGCCCCGAAAAAUGCAGAUGACGCUAAAGAAGAUAUUGUAGACAAAGAUCUUAAAACAGAGGAAAAGGUAACAACAAAAACAUCUGAGAUACUGAAAGAUGACCUCCAGAAGGAUACAGAGACAAAAUCUGAUGAAAAGGAAACAAAAGAUGAGCAAAAACCAGAGAAAUCAGAGAAACCAGAGAAACCAGAGAAAGGUCCAGAGGAGCAUAUACCGGUGACUUCCGAGGACAUCAAACAGACGGAUACAAUCAAGCCUGAGGUGAAAGAGAUAGACAGUAAAACCUCUAAAGAUGUGCAGCCUGAGUAUAGUGUUCCAAAGAUCUCACCGGAAAAAGAGCAAAGUAAAGAGGAGACCAUUACAGAGAAAGAUUCACAAGUUAUCAAAGACACAAAAAUUGAGAAACUGGAUCAGACUGACAGUAGCGAGGUGAAGCAACCAAGUGUCAAGGUGGACGUGACAAAAAGUCUUCAGGAGGAUCCUACACCCCUAAAAGAUUCUGAAAAACCUGAGCCUACAGAUAAAGCUCAAGCUUCCUCUGAGAAAGGGCAGGACAACAGCAUGAAAGCAGAUCUGAAAAAAGAAAAAGACAUGCCAGCAGUAACUGAGAAUAGAGUUAAUAUAUGAAAGACUUUCAGAGACACCUUCACAGGAUAUAAGCAAUGCAAAGUAUACAAGUCAUUAGCGGUUUAGAUAAAUCCUGUGUAUGUUGCAUAAAUGCUUAAAAAACUGCAUGAAAAGAUAAAUAACUGCAUGAAAAAACGAGUAACCUGCAGUGUUGACCUACAUGCACCAUAAGAGCUGAUAUAUGCAAGUGUGCUGCUAUUUAGGUUAAAGCUAGAUUGAUGAAUUAAAAUAUAUACACAUAUAUAUAUAUGUAUACGGUACAAAACAGAAUGUAUAUGUUUAAAUGAAAAUAUUUUGCUAUACCACAACUGCUUGUUAGGUGAAUGUGUAUAUUUAACAGAAUGCUCUAUAUUGGCAGAAUAAAUAUUGUUUCAGCAUA